CAUUCUUCUACUCUCGCUCGCUCGCACGCACUCCAAUUCAUUCGCCUCUUCCCUUGCAGCUCGCGCGGCUCUCCUUCGAUCGAAGUCGCCCAAUCCCCUCGCAGCUCUCCUCCCCGCUUCCAGCUCUCAUGGCGUCCGACUCAAGCAACUGCUUCUCCGGAUUGCGAGCUCGAGCGUAGGGUUUCGGCUUCUAAUCCGGCCGCUUCCUCCAUUUUUCUCGUUUACAUGUCUUCGCCUUCUUCGGCGUCUGUAGCGGCGCCAGCGGUCAAGAUCUGCUUCAACACACACUGUAAGGAGUCCGUAUCGGACCAUCAGCCGCCUCGGAGGAGGGGAUGGCGCCUUCGCUCUGGAGAGAUCGCCGAGCUUUGCGACCGCUGCUCGUACAGCCUCUAUAUCUCGUCCACUCUACUACUUCAUAUUUGGUUUUCCAGUGAGCCACCGCGGAGCGUCGGUUGUUUCUUUCCAUCUACUUUUCGUAUAUCUGUUCAUUUAUUAUUUUACGAUGACGUGCUUUCUAAAUUGGGUGUUCUAUUUGUUACCCAAAAAUGGAGUUCUAUUAUUGCGACAUGUUUGAGAUCCGCGUUUGAGCAAGGGACUUUCUGCGAGACGUUUCAUGCCGAUGAUUCUGGUUGGAGGAACUGUGAGACGUGCGUCAAGCGACUGCAUUGUGGGUGUAUCGUGUCAGCUCAGACUUAUGUUUUUCUUGAUGCUGGAGGAGUUGAAUGCAUCGCAUGCGCUAGGAAAUCUCUUACAAUGGCACCAAAUCAAAUAUCAUCUUCUCUUGUGCUUAUGCAACAGCAUGUACCUGAAAGGAGAGAUUCACCUGCUAAAACCUGGAGAUCAAUUGCUACUCCAUUGUCUGGUCAGUGGCGUCAAGCUCCACAUAUGUGGAAUAUGACAAUGCAGUCUGAUUUGCAACAAAGACUAUCAUAUGAAUUUGACAGACCUAGUAGCAUUGAGAAGUUGGCACCUGGAGGACGCCAUUCUAUUUCAGCACAUGAAAAGAAAUUUGAGCCCGAGAGAAAAAUUGCUACCAACCUUAACAACAUCUCACGAGAUAAAUACACUCACGGGAAUACAGGAGAAAAUGAUCCUAUGUCUAUAAGGAAAUCAGUAAGUGCAGACCCUUGUUCUACCAGUUCCUUAGUUAACUUUGAAGCAAAGCCAAAUUCAUCUAUCAAGUUGCAACAAUUACCUGUUUCAAAAGAAAACUCGUCUCUGCUUAUUGGUCUUCCAGCAUCCUUUUCAUCAUCAAAUGGAGUCAAAGAUCCAAUGAAUCUUUCACCAAACCAACCACCAGCACAAGUAACUACUCCAUUAUCAAAGCAGUUUUACCCUCAACGUAUGAAUGAAGCUGAAUUGCAAGUUCAAAUGCGCAAUGGAAGAACUCGAGUUGAUACCUAUCCACGGACACAAUUGCUUCCUCGAUAUUGGCCUAGGAUAACAAAUCAAGAGAUGAAACAAAUAUCUGGCGAUCCACAAUCCUCCAUCACUCCCUUGUUUGAAAAGAUGUUAAGCGCUAGCGAUGCCGGGCGGAUUGGACGACUGGUGCUUCCAAAGAAAUGUGCAGAGGCAUACUUCCCUGCGAUUUCUCAGCCAGAAGGACUUCCUUUAAAAGUUCAGGAUGCAAGUGGAAAGGAUUGGGUAUUCCAAUUUCGAUUUUGGCCUAACAACAACAGUAGGAUGUAUGUGUUGGAGGGGGUUACACCUUGCAUUCAGGCAAUGCAACUGCAAGCAGGUGACACAGUUACAUUUAGUAGGAUAGAUCCAGAAGGAAAGUUGGUCAUGGGAUUUAGAAAGGCUUCUAACAGCUCUAUUGAACAGGAUCCUGAAACACAUAAAUCUAGCAGCGAAAUCUCACCACCACCAGAAGCAGAUCAGAUCACCUCACUUAUACAAAAGGAUGGAUCUACCACCAAGUUAUUGCAGGUUCCUAGCAAAAGAAAAGCCAAAACUCUUGGCUCUAAGAGUUACCGCCUACGUAUUGAAAAUGAGGAAUCCAUGGAAUUGAAACUGACAUGGGAAGAGGCUCAAAAGUUGCUCCGCCCGGCUCCCAAUUCUUCUCCUAGUAUUGUUGUUAUCGAAGGCCAUGAAUUUGAGGAAUAUGAGGAAGCACCUGUACUAGGGAAGAAGACAUACCUUACCUCAGAUCAAGCUGGUGAAAGUCACCAAUGGGUUCGAUGUGAAGAAUGUUUGAAGUGGCGCAAAGUGCCAGUGGAUGCACUACUUCUAUUCAGGUGGACUUGCUUGGAAAAUGUUUGGGAUCCUGAAAGGUCAUCUUGUUCUUCUGCUCAAGAAUUGAGUUUGGAGCAGAUAGCAGACAUGGUCUCCUGUAAAUCAGGUGUUUUGAAAAAGGGGAAGGCGAAAGCAGAAAGAGACAGCGUCGAAGUGUCAGACGGGCUUGAUACCCUUGCAAACCUCGCUAUUCUUGGUUACACUAAAAGCCUCCAAAAAUCUUCCCAACCAACAACAAGACAUCCCCGGCAUAAGCCUGGCUGCACUUGCAUUGUCUGUAUCCAGCCUCCCAGUGGCAAGGGCCCCAAGCACAAGCCACACUGCACAUGCAACGUCUGCCUCACUGUGAAACGCAGGUUCAGAACGCUCGAGUUAAGGCGCGAAAAGCGUCAGUCGGAGAAGGCAUCCGAGACACCAGCAAAGCAGAAGUCACCCAUCCUGCCAUCACCACUUUUGUCACCACAACCAGGGAGUAUGGAUGUUACACCAACCGGUCCGAUCGAUGAGGUUGCCACUCAGAAGGUAGAUACGUCGAGCGUCGAUAUGGUAGUCGACGAAGCAUCUGAUCACAGAACGACAUCUGCGUCCCCUCUCAAAACACGCCAGAUUGAUUUGAACAUCCAACCAGAGAGGGAGGAAGAACCAUUGACACAACAUCAAAGUGUGACACUGGUACCCUACUGAACCUGUAACUUUCGGAGAAUCCGGAAGUUCAUCAGAGACCAGCGAUCAUAGUGAGAAAGGGUCUGUAUCCGUCAGACAGAGUGCAUAUCAACGUGGGCCGCUGAUCAAUUGGCAGUUGGGAUUGAAUCAAGCUCGAUCCUGCUGACUGAACAGUCCAAAGGGCCUUCCUAAAAUACUACGUGCAGAAUCCAAAGUAACUCCGCUAAAGUGAGAAGCCCAUUUGGGCAACAUCACCUUUUGCUUGAUCGCCAAUUUUAUAACUAUCUGUACAGUCAUUAAUUAUGCAAAGGACACUAACGUAUCCAUAGGCCUUCCUUGCAAGGAUAGGUUUAUUAUGAUCCUAAUUAAUCAAGUCAUUUAUAUUUAUUUUA